GCCACCGCCUGCCGGGUAUCGUGAAAAUUUUAACGGCUUGAAAUCUCAACAACUAUAUUAAAUUAUUAUACGUUUUCCAAAUUCAACUGCAGUUCUGCGUUAAACAUCUAUAUAGUGUUUCUUAUUCAUUUUUUCAUCUCCAUACGAUUGUUAUACUUUAUGUUAUCGUAUAUUCAAAGUUUCGCAUAGAUUUUGAUUAAAGAUGGAUGAGAGUAGUAAUUUAAAAACUACUGAACUCAUUCAAACUAAAACAACCUCAACAAAUGUUAAUGAUUUGCCUAAAGAAAAUCCCACUAAAACUACACCAAGUACAGAUAAAGCUGAAAAUAAUAAUCCAAAAAUCAACUGUUAUUGCAAUAAAGAAAGAAAUUAUAAUAUUAUUGAGCUAUUAUGUGCAAAUUGUAACCGAUGGUAUCAUGAAUCUUGCAUUAGUUAUCAGCUCGGAAAAUUGGUCCCUUUUAUGGUAAAUUAUAUAUUUGUUUGUAAAAAUUGUUCGCCCACUGGUCUUGAAAGUUUCAAAAAAAAUCCAGCAAUGUUUCCGCAAAUGUGUGUGACAGCAAUUGGAAACCUUAUGCAAGAAAGUAUUAAAAGUGGAAAUCCACAAGAUUAUUUUUCUAAGGAUGGAGAAAUAAUUCCAUUUAUAGAAUCACAUUGGGAAAGUAUGACUACAACUGCAAGAAGAGUUACUCAAUCAUGGCAUUCAACUAUUACCAGAUCAUUAGUCAAGGAAACAGAUAUUUUAUUCAGUGUCAAAAAUGAGGAUAAUGGUUCUCAAUCAUAUAAACUUUUAUUUAAUAUUUCUCAAAUUAAACCUAACUAUGAAGCUAUGAUCAAAGGUGGUCAUCUUAAAGUUACAGAAACUGGAAUUCAACCUACUAUCACAACUGGUCUUAAGGGACGUGGUGCUAAAAGAAAAACACUUGGUGAUGGAGCUGGUGGAAUUGGUAGUGGUAAAAAGGGUAGAAAUGCUGGUGAUCAAUCAAAUGUUAAGCUACCUGCUCAUGGAUAUCCACUUGAACAUCCUUUCAAUAAAGAUGGUUACAAAUAUAUAUUAGCAGAACCUGAUCCUCAUGCUCCAUUCAGACAGGAAUUUGAUGAGUCCAAUGAGUCUGCUGGUAAAUUGAUUCCAGGAUGGUUAUACAGACCUCUAUGUCCAAAUCAAGUAUUAUUAGCAUUGCACGAUCGUGCACCACAGUUACAUAUUUCUGAAGAUAGAUUAUCAGUUACCGGAGAAAAAGGGUAUUGUAUGGCUCGAGCAACGCAUAGUGUUACAAAUGGAAAUUGGUAUUGGGAGACAACAAUUGAAGAAAUGCCAGAUAAUUCAGCCUGUCGUAUUGGGUGGAGUCAAGAAUUUGCAAAUUUACAAGCACCAUUAGGCUAUGAUAAAUUUGGUUAUUCAUGGAGAUCUAGAAAAGGUACAGUGUUCCAUGAAAGUCGAGGGAAACAUUAUAGUAAUGGCUUUGGUGAAGGUGAUACAUUAGGGUUGAUGAUAUGUCUUCCUAAUGAAAUAAUAUCUUUACCACCCACUCAUAAGAAUUUGAUAUUAAUCAAAUUCAAAAGUCAUUUGUACUACGAAGAACAGUCACACGAUAGUACUCGUGAUGCGUUAAAAAGUUUAAAACCAUUAAUUGGAAGUAAAAUAAUUUAUUAUAAAAAUGGAGAAUGUUUAAAUGAAAGUGCAGUAGAUUUGUAUGAUGGAAAAUACUUUCCUACAGUAUCAUUAUACAAAAAUUGUACAUUGUCUGUAAACUUUGGACCAAAUUUUAAGUAUCCACCACCUCAAACUAAUGAUUUAAAAUAUAAAGGAGUAUGGGAGAGAGCUGGUGAAGCUAUAUGUGAACAAACUCUAGCAGAUUUAUCAUUUUUAACUAUAAAUGAAGGUAAAUUAAAAUUAAGUGACUUAUAAUGAUUUCAGUGUGUACUUUUCAAGAUAUAAUUGUUUGAACUGUUUUAGUCUUGUAAUUUUCUAUGAUUAAAGUAAAAAAAAAAAAAAACCUAUAAAUAAUUAUUUAUUUCUUGAUUAUGUAUU